ACUCAACAUCCGGUUUUUAUCACGUUGAUACCAUCAUGGGUUUUAGAGCCUAGUUUGUGUAUUUGCAUAGUAGUCAACCGGUGCCUUCGUCACAAUGUCAUCACAGCCUUCAGAAUCACCUAUACAUUUCGGCCAGGUUGUGAUCGGUCCACCUGGUUCAGGUAAAACCACCUAUUGUCGAGGCAUGCAAGAGUUUUUGAGUCGCCUAGGACGCAAGGUGGUGGUUGUUAACCUGGAUCCUGCCAAUGAGGGAUUGCCAUAUCCAUGUGCAGUGGACAUAUCUGAGCUUGUCACUCUUUGUGAUGUGAUGGAUGGUCUAAAACUUGGCCCCAAUGGUGGUCUGAUUUAUUGUAUGGAGUAUUUAGAGGCCAAUUUGGACUGGUUAGAGGACAAGCUGAAACAACACCGCGACUGCUAUUUCCUUUUUGAUUGCCCGGGACAGGUGGAACUUUACACUCAUCAUAAUUCGGUGAAGAAUAUAUUUGCACAGCUUUCCAAGUGGAAUUUCAGGAUGACUGCAGUGCACCUGGUGGAUUCCCAUUACUGUGCUGAUCCAGCCAAGUUCAUCUCUAUCCUCUGUACGUCCCUGGCCACCAUGCUGCAUGUGGAAUUGCCACAUGUCAAUGUGCUUUCAAAAAUUGACCUUAUUGAGCAGUAUGGAAAACUUGCAUUCAACCUGGACUUCUACACUGAGGUUCUGGACUUGUCUUACUUGGUGGAUCACUUGGCCUCAGACCCUUUCUUCAAGAAGUUCCAUCACCUGAAUGAGAAGUUGGCUGAAGUGAUCCAGGACUACAGCCUUGUGUCUUUUGUACCUCUUAAUGUGCAAGACAAGGAAAGCAUGACACAAGUUUUGCAAACUGUAGACAAAGCCAAUGGCUACUGCUUUGGGGACCUAGAGGAGAGGAACCUGCAGGUCAUGAUGUCUGCUGCUGUAGGGGCGGACUUCCAGUUCAGCUCAACUCUUGGAGUACAGGAGAGAUAUCUGGAACCCACUAAGAAAACUGUGGAUGAAGAAGUUAUGGAUUUGUGACCCUAUUUAUAUAGAUACAAAAAUAAUAAUAAUAGUAAAAAAAAAACAUCUAGUUUGUAGAGCUGUCUGACCUCAUAAGCAGACACUGAUGGUAUCUUAAGAAAUGUUGGAUCAUGUUGGAUUUUUUCUUUUUUUCUUUUUUCACAAAGCAAAUUACAAAAAACAUUUUUACAAAAGAACAAUUUUUUUAGCCCCAAAGUUAAAAUGUGUGUUCACAUAACACUUUAAAUGUUGUUAUAGACUUGUACUGUUUAUUUGCAGCUGUAACAGUAAAUGUAGUCAGUGUCUUUAACAAAAAUGCAGAAGAUGAAUCAUUAAAAGAAGUGGUGUUAAAUACCUGUGUAUCCAACACCACUCACACUGAGA